AGGAAGGCAGCUAGAAAAGUCGGAAGACUAAGAAACUUGAAACAAGAAAAGACCCCAGAAUCUCCGGGUACCUUCGCUCCACUUUCCAAUCUCUGGAAUAUCAUUCAAAACCUCGAAAACAAAUCAUCAUUUCGUGACUCAGAGCUAUGAAUAUCUUCUCCAAAAAACCCACGGCUAAAGAGGCUCUUCGAGAGAGUAAGCGAGAAAUGAACAAUGCUACGAGAGGUAUAGAGAAGGAAAUUGGAUCACUGCAAUUAGAAGAAAAGAAGCUUGUUGCUGAGAUAAAGAGAACUGCUAAGACAGGAAAUGAGGCAGCAACUAAAAUUCUAGCUCGCCAGCUAGUUAGGCUUCGACAACAAAUAGCUAAUCUACAAGGUAGUCGAGCUCAAAUGAGAGGUAUUGCGACUCACACACAGGCAAUGCACGCCAAUACUUCUGUUUCUGUUGGCAUGAAAGGUGCUAGCAAGGCAAUGGCUGCCAUGAAUAAGCAAAUGGCCCCUGCUAAGCAGGCUAAGGUGAUACAAGAAUUUCAGAGGCAAUCAGCGCAAAUGGAUAUGACUACUGAAAUGAUGUCAGAUGCCAUAGAUGAUGCCUUGGAUAAUGAUGAGGCUGAAGAAGAAACUGAAGAUCUGACUAACCAGGUGCUGGAUGAAAUUGGUGUUGAUGUUGCCUCGCAGUUGUCAGCAGCUCCAAAAGGAAAGAUUGCCAGGAAGAAGACUGAAGACGUUGGCAGUUCGGGCAUUAGUGAACUGGAGAAGAGGUUGGCAGCCCUUAGAAAUCAAUGAGAUGAGGGCUGGAAGCUAAAUUUUUUGUCUUGAGUCAAUAAUUAGAGGUCUUCCUACAAUUCGAAUUCAGCAAGAUUGUAUACUGUAAAUAUUUUCCCAUUUGUGCACCGCCAAGAGCCUAUUGCUCGAUGCUCUUAGUUGGUUUCCUAUAACCCUAGACAAUGCUUUAUGGCAUUACUGUGAACUGUGUGAUGGACAUAAAUUUGCUUCUUGCUUGGGAUGAUUUAAUUUGCUUUCUUCUU